AUGGCGACCUCUAUGAGGGGUUUGACCCAAUAUAUAUCCGAUCUACGAGCAUGUCGGGUGAGAGAAUUGGAGGAGAAACGUAUAAAUCGUGAAAUGGCACAUAUCAGACAGAAAUUCAAAGAUGGUAAUUUAGACGGAUAUCAAAAAAAGAAAUACCUUGCCAAAGUGGUAUUCACUUAUAUCUUGGGAUAUAAAGUUGAUGUUGGACAUAUGGAAGCUGUCAACCUCAUUAGUAGUAUAAAAUAUUCCGAGAAACAGAUUGGAUACCUUGCUUGUACAUUACUCAUGCACGAGAACUCGGAUAUGGUUCGAUUGGUGAUCAACUCAUUCCGAAAAGAUCUCGAUGACAAUAAUGAGAUUUACAAUUGCUUGGCCUUGCAUGCUAUUGCGACUUUAGGAGGACAAGAAAUGGCAGAAGCUCUAGGAGAGAACGUAUAUAGAUCGAUGAUCAGUCAAACAUCGACCACAUUUGUGAAGAAGAAAGCUGCUUUGACAUUACUACGAUUAUAUCGAAAGCAUCCAACAGUACUACCGGCUGGAGAUUGGGCGGAAAGGAUAAUUCAUAUGAUGGAUGACUAUGAUCAAAGUGUAGUAAUGACAAUAACGACUUUGAUCACAGCAAUGGCUCAAGAUCAUUUAGAAGCGUUCAGUGGCUGUUAUCAAAAAGCUGUCAAUAGGCUAGAUAAGAUUGUGUUCGAUCAAGAAACACCAGCAGAAUACGUUUACUACAAAGUGUCAAAUCCUUGGUUACAGAUCAAACUCCUUAGAUUGUUACAAUAUUACCCUCCACCAGACAACCCCGAGGUCAUUGAUAUGGUCAAUGGUAUCAUUCAAGCUAUCGUUGAUACCUCACAGGAAACACCACGAAACGUUCAACAUAACAACGCACAAAAUGCCGUUUUAUUCGAAGCUAUCAACCUCGCUAUCCACAUAGACCCAGAAUCUAAAGUAUGUCACAGCGCCGGAGUACUCUUGGGAAGAUUCAUCAUGGCGAAGGAAACAAAUGUUAGAUAUCUCGGACUAGACGCUAUGGCUCAUCUUGCAGCUACUUCAAUCUCACUAGAUGCCGUUAAGAAACAUCAAAACAUCAUUAUACAAAGUUUGAAGGAUCGUGAUAUAUCAGUUAGAAGAAGAGCUUUAGAUUUACUAUAUUCAAUGUGUGAUACAACGAAUUCCAAGAUCAUCGUUGGAGAACUAGUCAGAUAUUUACAAGUGGCAGACUACAAUCUAAGGGAAGAAAUGGUAUUGAAAAUUGCCAUCUUGACUGAAAGAUUCGCAACUGAGUACGAGUGGUAUGUGGAUACGAUUCUUCAGUUGAUUGCCACUGCGGGUGAUCACGUAGGAGCGGAAGUCUGGUAUAGAGUGGUUCAAUUAGUCACCAAUAACGAAGAUUUGCAAAUGUAUGCUGCCCAAGCUGUAUAUCAGCAUUUACAAGCCAUUGCAUGUCAUGAGAAUAUGAUUAGAGUAGGAGGAUACAUAUUAGGUGAAUUUGGUCAUCUGAUAGCGAACGAAAGUGGUUGUAGUCCAAUAGAACAAUUUCAAGCUUUACAUUCAAAGGUCAAUCUGUGUACAGCGCCUACUAGGGCUCUACUGUUAACCACAUAUGUCAAAUGGGUGAACCUUUUCCCUGAGAUCAAGGAUCAUUUGAUCAACAUCUUUGAAAGGUAUACACACGUUUUAGACGCCGAAUUACAACAAAGAGCUUGUGAAUAUCUUGCUUUGGCAACACGUCAAGAAGAUGAUGAUCUACUAGCUACGAUAUGUGAUGAAAUGCCUAUCUUCCCCGAGAGGGAAUCUGCUUUAGUAAAUAGAUUACAUAAACGAGGUGAACAAGCACAGGAUAAACGGACGUGGAUAAUAGGUCAUCAAGCAGACAAUAAAGGUAGAGAAGCUGAAAGAUUCAAAAACUUCAGAAAGAACACGGCAGAUUCAAAUUCUAUUAUAUCGGAUUUACCAUCACAGCAACAGCAACAACAACAAACAAAACCUCAACCUCAUUUACCACCUCAGCCAUUACCUCAACCCCAACCUCAAAGUCAAAGAUCGAUGAGUACAGGAAUGGAUACUAUGAUGGGAACAACUUCUUCUGGUCUUGGUCCAGCAGAAGAUAUAAUGUCAUCUUUAGCUGAUUUGGAUCUGUCAUCAAAUGGAAAUGGUACGAUUCAAGAUGAACCUCUACUAAUGUCUAAUCCUGCUCAACCUACUGGCACAUCGACAGAUCUAGCUCAACUAUACGAAACACCUACUCCCCCUAUCACUCAACAAGAUUCAACGAUAUCCUCCCCGUCUCAGGCCAAUGGAGACUUACUACAUACCGCUACGCUCGGUGGUGUGAAUCCCGCUUUAGUAGCUUCGUUGACGGUAGGAGAUCACGUCGAAAAGUGGUUUGAAAGGUUGACGUAUUCCAAUGAAGGUGUUCUCUAUGAAGAUUCGCAAAUUCAAAUAGGUAUUAAAGCGGAAUAUCAUGGUCACUUGGGAAGAUUAGCUUUAUUCUUCGGAAACAAAAUAGAUAUUAAAUUAUCGAAUUUCUUCGCCACUAUUGAUAACCCAAUUUCGACUUCUUUAUCAGCAUCAUUCCAUGAUGCGCCCAUAACGGAGAUCAACGGCGGUGCGCAAAUUCAAGAGAUGAUUCAUAUUGAAUGUAAAGACGCUUUCGGGGGUGGUGGUUUAGGCCAAUUACCUUUAUUGAGAAUCAGUUAUUUGGUUGAGAACGAACCUAAAAUUAUCGUAUUGAAAUUACCUAUCACGUUAAGUAGAUUCGUGGAAGGUGUUACUUUAGAAUCUGGUCCUUUCUUUGAAAGAUGGAAGAUUAUAGGAGGCGCACCAAGAGAAGCUCAACAGAUCUUCCCUAUAAGAUUGACAUCUUCAAAUGAUGUUGACAUACCACGAAAUAGUCGUAUCAUAGCAGGAAAUCGAUUGGCCGUUUUGAGCGGUAUUGAUCCUAAACCCGAAAAUAUCGUCUUCGCCGGUGUGUUGCAUAUGUCAUCAGCUGGAAAAGUUGGUAUUUUGGGCAGAUUAGAACCUAACAAAGAAGCUAAAUUAUGUCGAUUAACAAUACGUUCAACAAACGAACAAGUCUCGGCUGAGAUUUUGCGAUUAGCAAGUAAUCCUUUGAAUCUUGAUGUAGCUGCUAGUCUUUGA